AUGCCUUCUCAGCCGGCAAAGAAGAAAAGGAAGACCAUUGUCGUCAAAGUUGAAGAUGAAAGUGAUGACGAUAUUGAAGUCAUCGAAACAAUACGCCCAUCGUCUCAUCCAUCAUCUCAAUGUAGCUACCAAGAGCCCAAUCCACAAGACAAUCCUGAAGCUUUUUACGGCCAACGGCAGCAACCCAAGUUCCACCCACGCAAUUUGGAGAGAGCAUUACAGAAAGAAAUAGCUUGGUCCAAACCAUUACCCGAGGUUCAUGAUCUUUUUUUCGUUGCUACUACACCGAAGAAGUUAGAGGAGCUCGCAGUUAAUCCAAGGCAACUUAGUAAGCUCAAAACGUUAUUGACCCAAGGGCAGGGUGGGACGCUGCUUGUAACUGGACCUUCCGGCUGUGGUUCGUACUCUUUCUCAUUGCUUUAUAUUUUCCGGAGAUAG